UCUCUAGUUGUGCAUGUAGAAAAAUGUCAAGAUUUCUCUACCACUGGCCAAUGGAAUGUGACUAUAGAGAAAGAUGGAAAACAGGAAUCCUUCACCUUUGAUGCUGUCAUGAUCUGUUCAGGACACCAGAUAGAACCAUAUACGCCGCUGAAUUCUUUUCCUGGUUUUGAAAAAUUCAAGGGAAAUUCAUUCCACAGCCAAAAUUACAAGGAUUCAGAAGGAUUUGAAGGGAAGACUGUUGUGAUCAUUGGAAUGGGAAAUUCAGCUGCUGACAUUGCUGUGGAGAUCUGCAAGAAAGCAAAUAAGGUGGUCCUCAGUGCCAGGGGAGGCACCUGGGUGAUGAGUCGAGUAUAUGACAAUGGCUAUCCCUGGGACACCCUUUACCACACUCGCUUUCUUAAUUUUAUCCGAAAUUCUGUCCCAUGGUUUGUUUUGAAAUGGAUGACAGAACAGAAGAUGAAUCAAUGGUUCAAUCAUGAAAACUAUGGCUUGGUGCCUCAAAACAGGGUUAAGCCUUCUGCCUUCAGAGCGUGCCAUGAUGGCUGAUACUAUUAAAAGAAAUGAGAAGAGGACUAAGUGGUUUGGAACCAGCCGCAGUCAGUCAAUCCAAACCGAUUUCAUUGAUUACCUGGACGAGCUUGCUGCAGCCUUGGGAUCAAAGCCAGAUCUGUUCUCACUGCUGUUGUGGGAUCCCAUAUUGGCUUGGGCCAUGUGUUUUGGCCCUUGCAACCCUUUUCAGUUCCGUUUGAAAGGGCCAGGAAAGUGGACUGGAGCCAGGGAUGCCAUCCUCACCCAGAGGGAGCGGAUCAUUAAACCCACAAAAACACGAGUCGUGACCAGCUCUUCAAACCACACUCUGUUCUCCCUGCUCACAGCCAUUGGUCUCCUUCUUAUCUUGGCUGCUUUUUUCCUUUUCCUUGUUCAGCACUGAUGUCCAUCCUAAAAAAACCCAAAAGUGACAAUUGCUUAUAUCAAAACCAUGCUUUCUAUUCUUCUAAUGAUUACCAUCACGGGUUUACUGUCUAUUAUACCUUAGUUCUGUAUGCUCACAAACAUAAAAGAGGAUCGUUUGAGCAACUUUCUGGGAAAUUAUGAACGAGGAAGAGAUAUGGAAAAUGGGGGGGAUGAAAGAAAGAAAAAACUAUUUUUUUUUUAAGAAAGGGAAGUUAACAUGGCAAGUGCAGCUUUAAGGUGCUCCAACAACAUGCCUAUUUUUCUGAUUCCUUUCAACAUUAGAUAGCAUUGUGAAUUGCAAUUCAUUCUUGAAUUUUAAAAAAGGAGUAAAUUUGGAUUUCAUACUUGAAUUAUAUAAAAUGCUAUCUGGAACAUGUCUAUUAAUGUCUAAAGGAAGAAAUAUAUAUUUCAUGAAAUGCUGUGAUGUUCCUCUGUGGGUUUACCGACAAAAGGGUGAACAACAAAACCGCGCCCGACUAAACCAAGUCGCUGACGUCAUCAACAGGGCGACA